GCCUGUUCCCGGAUCACGUGACUUCCAUCAAAACAAACCUCGCGAGCCAGAUUACAAUGGUAAGAGGUCAGUGAGUGAAACUUUUAAAGGCAUUGGAAAAUUUAGAAAUCACGCAGCUGGUUUUAUGAUGAACACUGCAUUGAAGCACUGGAAAGAGGCGGCCACGCUCAUUUUAGCUGCAGGACACGUGCGUGGCGCGGACCGUUUAUCGUUAACGGCAUCGCCGGCAGGGGAAAGCAGCUGUGGACGGUCACAUCUGCCCCACAAGACCCUCUUUGAUUACGACGUUUUGCUUCUUAAAAGAAGCGGUAAAAGUGGAUUCAUGCCCAAUGCCUAUGUGUUUCCUGGGGGUAUGAUGGACGUGUCGGACUUCUCCAGUGAGUGGCUGGACAUUUUCAAAUCUUUCACCAGCUCCCCCAAUUUUGGGUUGAGAAGUGUCAAACAGCCUCUGGAGACCAGACCCCCCAUCUUUGCUACAGACCGACUGAAACUGGGCUCUCCCAUCCCGGGAGAGGUCGCCCUCCGGAUCUGCGCGGUGAGGGAAACGUUUGAGGAAUCUGGUGUGCUGCUAGUUGCGUCUAAAAUAAAGGAGAACAAAUUGUUAAAAAGCAUACAGGAGUUUGGUUGCAUUGAGCAUUACGAAGUGAAUGAUCUGUGCAGCAGUGAGCUCACCAAGUGGAGGGUUCUGGUAAACCAGAAUCCCUCCAACUUCAUCAGGAUGUGCAGAGAGCUACAGGUGCUGCCUAACAUCUGGGCUUUACACGAGUGGAGCAACUGGCUGACUCCCGCAGGCCGAUAUGGGACGACGAGGUUUGACACAGCUUUCUUCAUCUGCUGCUUGCAGGAGAUCCCGUAUACACUACAAGAUGAGAAGGAAAUCGAGUGUUUUCAGUGGUCCAGACCCUCAGAGGUCCUGCAGAGCUACCAGGCACGAGAAUUGUGGAUUCCACCUCCACAGUUCUAUGAGCUCAGCCGCAUGUGCCGCUUCCCUUUACUGAAUGACCUCCACAACUUCGCCAGCCAGCGUGCCACAGAGGGUUGUGAGCGGUGGUUGCCUGUUGUCGUAUCAAAAGAUAAACACCACAUGUCGGUGCUGCCAGGUGAUAAAGUUUAUCCAGUGGAUACUUCAGGAGAGUCAGAGGUUGCAAAAAAUACAGGCUCUCAGUCAAAGGAUCCUCAGAAUGCCCCCCCCCUGCACCGCAUGGUGAUGUCAGAUCCGUACACUAUAAGUCUGCAAAUCACAAUCACUCCAAAGUACAACCAUGUGCUCCCUGUUGUGCAACCAGCAGUGUCCUGUGACUCAGAAAGUCAGCUUUGACAAGCCCUAUAGCUCCUUCUGCUCCUGUGCAUGUAAAAUUUAAAAAAAGAGGCAAAUUUACUGUGAAAUCUUUUAUAUUAAACAGUUUUAUUGGCAGCAGCAGUCUGCUGUACUGCUUAUAUUGCUUUAGAUUGUUUUCUUUUGUUUGGUUUGUUUGUUUUUGACAAACUUUGAUCUGUUAUCCUUCAUCUGACUGUAUUCUUGAUUAUGUCACAGUCAUUACCAUAGAGAUGCGUGUAUGGGCUUGUAAGAUGUGUCUGCCAGCACCAGAUGAGCAUUUUAAUUAUUUGUCAGUUCCAUCACUGUAUAUUUUACUAUGUUAAUUUUAAUAAUAAGUAAUAAGAAAUUACUUACUGCUUUGAGUGUUAAUGUUGUUCAGAUGGUCUUGUUUAGGAUAAAUUCCUAAUAGAUUAUGCUAGAAGACAAACACGAAUAAAGGACAUUCAGUCUGCAACUCAAGGCAAACUUUGCAAGACCUGAUAGACAGCUCAUUUAAAUAUUGGGAGUUAGUCUGUUUUUACAGUACAGCAGGAAAGAAAAGUAGUUUCAGAAUUUUAAUAUGCAUUUUAAAUAUUAGAUCACAAUUAUGGUUAUCAUCAGCAUAAGAUAAGAAAUUUUGUUGUGAAAAACCUGCAGUUAAUUAACUAAUUAACUAGUAUGUUAAGAAAAUGUGAAGCACUUACAACAACCCAAACCACUUGAAGAUCAGCUGCAAAUGUAGCAAGUUAGGAUUUUUAAUUGUGUAUAGACCUUCUGCCUACACAGACAUACAUAGAUUAAGAGCUCAGUUACCCCUGAGAAAUGUGGCAGUCGGGUUGUUUUUGUUCUUGAGCAGGUCAAAGGGAUUUGAUCAAUGGUUCUUAUUAUAAAAUACACUAUAUUACCAAAAAUAUUCACUCAUCUGCCUUCACAUGCAUAUGAACUUGAGUGACAUCCCAUUCUUAAUUCAUAUCAUUUAAUAUGAUGUUGGCCCACCCUUUGCAGUUAUAACAGCUUCAACUCUUCUGGGACGCCUUUGCACCAGGUUUAGGAGUGUGUUUAUGGGAAUUUUUGACCAUUCUGUCACAGUGCCAUCCUGGCAUUUACUGAGCUUCUGAGAGCGACCCAUUCUUCCACAAAUGUUUGUAGAACAUUUACUGAACAGUUUGCAUGCCUAGGUGCUUGUUUGUUUUUUCACAUCUGUGGCCAGGGAAGUGGAUGAUUUGGGUGGAUGAGUGAAUACUUUUCGCUCAUCGUGUAGAUUGAUGACAACAGUAAGUUUAACAAAAAUUUUAAUGAAAUCUGUCAAACCUGAUGAAUUUAAAUAACCAUCUAAGUCUGAUACAAACUUUCAUUUAAAAAGUAGUCACUAUAUUGUGACCAGGUUUAGCUUAUAACUACAGAAACAGGCUGACUAAACAUAUUCACUUAAAUGACUUGUGUUGUGAGGAUAAUAAUCUGUUAACAGUCAUAUUGUUGGGAUUGAACAAAAAAGGUUUAGGAUAAGGUUAGGGUGAGUCUGCUGGAAAAUCUAAUGAAAAAAUGUGUGUGUGUGUGUGUGUGUGUGGGGGGCCUUCCCUGUUUUUAGGAGUGGUGAAAGCUCUGUGGGUGUUUUCCCUGCUCAGUGCAGUGUCCUUCAUGGUAAAUUAAUGCCUUAUAAGAUAUUUUGUGUGAAAUGGGUCAUACAGGAUGUCAGCAAUUUCUAAAUAAA